UGCAAAACAUCUUGGAAUAGGAGAGGGAGUUGGAGGAGGGGGCUGGGUCUCCUGCCUUACCCCUAUCUCUUUACACGACUGCCAACCCGUCUAUAGAGUUAUUCCAGGAAUGUGUUGAACAUGGCUGCCGCGAUGAAGGCACAGAAAACUGGACUGUUGGAACUUCGAGUUACCGUGGACCGUUGGAUCCGUGUAUUAGCCACACUUACGGAGGAGACUUUAACCGUGAGCCCCGGAGAGGUCGCCGAAGAACCAGUGAAACCCAACCCAACUCCCGCCGGUGACAUUAAUGGAGACCCAGCCAACCUCAGCUCCUUUCCCGUCCCAGAAACGAUCACCAACGUUAAGCGCACGGUGAGAGUUACAAAGCAAGAUGUGGGAGGACUUGGAAUUAGUAUUAAAGGUGGGAAAGAGAAUAAAAUGCCUAUUCUCAUCUCGAAGAUCUUCAAAGGGUUGGCUGCUGACCAGACGGAGGCCCUGUACGUGGGUGACGCCAUCCUUUCGGUCAACGGCUCUGACCUCCGGGAGGCCACACACGAUGAUGCCGUGCAGGCUCUAAAGAAGACGGGCAAGGAGGUCAUCCUAGAGGUGAAAUACAUCAAGGAGAUGUCAGCCUUCUUUAAGAACACCUUGCCCGGUGCACCCCUACCCUGGGACUCCCCCCAUGCCACGCCACAGAAGGGCGCAGACGCCCCCCCUACCGAGCUGAAGGAGGCCAGGACCAUCCCCCUGAAAAUGUGCCAGGUGACCAGGAAGCAGUGCCCCCCGGACACAGAGAACAGGUACUUUGAGGUGAUCUCGUCCAGCAGAAAGAGCUCGGUGUUCCUGAGGGCCAAGGACCCUGCCAUGGCCCAGUCCUGGUAUAACGCCAUCCAAGCCGGGGUUUCGGCCCUGGUGCCCCGAGUCAGGGAUGAGCUGAGGGCCAUGCAGGCGGGCCUGGAGGUCAAACACAUGGGAUGGAUCACUGAGCAGGCGACCCAGGGUCCAGAGAGACCGGUGCUGGCUCUGCUGACUGAGAGAGACCUGCUGCUGUACCCCACCCUUCCUGACAGUAAAGACGGCAUCAACAGCCCAGCCAAGAGCCACCCGCUCAUCACAACUAGACUGGUCCACUCAGGACCGGGGAAAAGCUCUCCCCUGCUGGACUCGGAGCUCUCCUUUGGGCUGCGCACCGGCACCAAGCAGGGCGUGGAGACCCACUUGUUCCGGGUGGACUCGGCCAAGGAGCUUUCGGCCUGGACCCACAUGCUGGUGGACGGCUGCCACAACGCCGCCGAGCUCAUCCAGGAGGUCACCACAGCCUGCAGCUGGAACGGGAAGGAGUGCAACCUGGGAGUGCACAUCGACGAGGGCUUUAGCCUUUUCACUGAGGAGAUGGGCAUCAGAAAAACGGUGCUCCUCCAGCAACCCUUCGAGCGUCUGCGCAUGUCCUCCGAUGACGGUGUACACAUGAUCUUCCUUGACUUUGGAGGGCCAGAGGCGGAGAUUCAACUGGACCUCCACUCCUGCCCCAAGACCAUGGUGUUCAUCAUCCACUCCUUCCUCUCUGCUAAGGUCAAGCGGCUAGGCCUGUUAGCAUGAUAACAGAUUGACCUGCAACCCCUCUGCCCACCCUGAAAAACCACCAAACCACCGAAGCGUAUUUACACGAAGCCAUGACUCUAACAUUAGGAGGAUGUGAUUUCACUACAGAGGACAUGUCACCGCUCUGUUUUAAACCUCCAACAGACAGCAUUGAUAUUACAAAAAUCAUGACGGCUUCUAAAUUUGUUAGAGAAUUUUCCUUGUAGAGAAUGUUACCUGCACUGUUUACUGAUUGAAUUAUUCAGAGAGGUUCGUGUUUUAUCAUCCUAAAUGUAUGUUACUUUUAUGUUUUGGCUGCCAUUUUGAGAAACAUUAUUUUAUGUCUGCUAUUAAGGAUGUUUUCCAAGUGCUGAUUCAGUGACAUUUUGAGUGCAGCAAAACGCCUUUUGAGUCUCCCUGCAUUUCUUUAGUAGAUUCAUAAAUGUUUCCCAUAGCCAAUAUCAACAUGAAGAUUAACUAUAUGUCAUAAAGCUGAUUUAAACUUAACCCCUAAAUGGAUUAUUGCCACUGUUAAGUGAAAUUACUAAACAAAAAUCUCCAACUAACUUGAAUGACCUUAUGCAUAAGAGUACUAUGCCUUUGUAUCGAUACAAUAUAUACAUAAUUUGACACUAUAACUUCUGACACGAAGUUCACCCUCUAGAUCAUUUUAAUUUUGAUGAAAGACGGAUGGAAUAGUUCUAACGUUGGUAUUACCAGAGCCUUAUAGCUGUAGGUGUUUGGACCUAGAAACCUACAGUGCCUUCAUAAAGUAUAAACAUUUUUUUUACUUGUUCCACAUUGUGUUGUGUUACAGCCUACAUUAAAAAUGGAUUCAA